AUGUGUGACUUCACAGAGGAUCAGAUUUCUGAGUUCAAGGAGGCCUUCCAGCUCUUUGACCGCACAGGGGAUGGAAAGAUCUUAUACAGCCAGUGUGGGGAUAUGAUGUGGGCCCUGGGCCAGAACUCCACCAAUGCUAAGGUGCUCAAGGUCUUAAGAAAUCCCAAGAGUGAUGAGAUGAAUGUGAAGGUGCUGGACUUUGAAUACUUUCUGUCAAUGUUGCAGACUAUAGCAAAGAAUAAGGACCAGGGCAUAUAUGAAGACUAUGUAGAGGGCAUGUGGGUGUUUGAUAAGGAAGGGAAUGGCACAGUUAUGAGGGCUGAAAUACAGCACGUGCUUAUCACUCUAGGUAAGAAGAUGUCAGAGGAAGAGUGGAAGUGUUUGUGGCAGGGCAUGAGUACAGCAACGGUUGAAGAGCUAGUUCAGACAGUGCUGAACAGCUGA